AUGGUAUUGAAAAACAUUUUCAGUUCACCAGAAUUCCUUUUGGAGUCGAAUCAAGUCCAUUCAUGCUUGGCACAGCCUGAGGAAGUGGAAGACACGGUACAGACUUUGAAAGAUAAUACCUACGUUGACAAUAUAAUGCAAAUCGGAAGCGAUGUAUCGGAAUUAGAAGGUGCCAAAUUACCACUUCACAAGUGGGAAUCCAACGUAGAGUCGUUGGGGAGUGAAGACAUGCCAAAUCCUUCAAAAAUUCUUGGACUUGUAUGGGACAAGAAAGAAGAUGAGUUGCACAUUUCAACACCAGAAUAUCCUGAAGGGGCGAAAGUUACAAAGAAGUCUGUUGUGAGUCACCUCGGAAAAGUUUAUGACCCUUUAGGCAGAGUAUCACCCACAAUGGCAGAGGGUAAAAGAAUUUAUCGUGAAGCCUGCAAUGAGGCAGAGUUGGGACGCGGAGAUUUUAAAGCCCUUAGAACAAGGCUGGUUAAGGUGGACAAGACAGUUACAAACAGUUAA